GUACGUGCAGCUGCAGUGGCAGUGAAGGUGGAGGACCUCCUUCUUCCCACUACCUGCUCUGGAAACUGCUCAACAGCCAAUUGGGGCAACCCGGCCUGAUACAGCAUGUGAGAGCCCUCCUGAGCAUAUCAGUUACACCAGAUGCAACUGCUGUAAGGAAGCAAAAGAAACAUUUUCUGAAACUGGGAAGAUUUUUUGGAGGAAGAUGGAGAACCCACUUCUUUUAUUCCCCCAACUAAACAUUUCUGCUUCAAAGGAUAAAUCCUAUUACAAAGUCAUGAAAUCGACAAUUAAAGAAGAGCCACAUCAAGCAAGCAAGUCUGGAGCUAAGCAGAAGAGAAAUAGGCUGAGCCUUCUCCUGCAGAAAUCUGAAUUCCAUGAAGGUGAUCAUCUUGGUAAACCUGGAAACUUGACAAAAGCAGCAAGCGUGUCACCUGAAGAAGCAGUGAAAUGGGGAGAAUCUUUCGACAAACUGCUUUCUGAGAAAGCUGGAUUGGAUGCCUUUACAAAGUUUCUGAAAACUGAGUUCAGCGAGGAGAACAUCGAGUUCUGGAUAGCUUGUGAGGAUUACAAGAAAAGCAAAACUGCACACGAACUUUUGCCAAAAGCUAAGACCAUUUAUGAAACAUUCAUACAGAAAGAUGCUCCAAAAGAGGUGAAUUUGGACUUUCAGACCAAGGAAGUCACAAGUCAGAAUAUUCAACGGCCCAUCAUCACCACUUUUGAUGCAGCACAAAACACAGUCUACAGGCUGAUGGAGCAAGACAGCUACCCGCGCUUCCUACGAUCUGAUCCUUAUUUAAAUUUGGUUAAGGGGAGAAAUCCCAGUCGUCCUACCCUUAGGAGACGAUCACGGUCUUUUACUGUCAAUGAUUUCCAGGGUGUACGACCAGACUUUACUGAUUGGUGAUACAAUAAUACCCAACCCUCAUAAAUUCUAGCUACUGCAGCAACUCGUAUGUGUUUUAAAAUCCAAAACCUUAGCAGGUGUAAAUGAGUGGAAAGCAACGUUACAUGCACUUAUACCAGGUCAGAGUUCUGUAGCCAGUGAUUGAUCUCAUUUAUUAUAG